UCUGUUCACAAUGGAAGAUACAUUCUACCAUAGCAACUGCACUGACAAAGACUGCAUUUCUAACUGCAAACCAAACCUGAGCCUCUCUGGAGGCUAUUGUCCCUAUAAGGACAGAACUGACUGGAAGGACAGUAGCUCCUCAGAAGACUCUACUUCUGAGGCUUCUUUCUGCUACUCCCUCCCUCCUGUCCAAGAGGGACAGCUGACUGAAAGUGAAAGUAUGACCAUAGGGAGACCAGAACAAAUCCAUGAGUCAGAGCAGCUUUGUGGACUACCUAUUGUCCGUGUUGUGGAUGUUUAUCUGGGCUCCCACUAUGAAGACGCACUAGCUAGUCUCGAUCUACACAGAGACUACCAGUGGAUGGACAAGUACCCAAAGGGGAGGAUGAGGAAGAUUCUCUGGAAAACGGAGGUUCUAAUGAGAUACCUAAACGUAUUUCCAGAUGAUCUGAAAGAUGAUGAUGAUGAUGAUGAUGACAAUGAAGAUGAAGAUGAUUAUGAUGAAGAUGAAGACCAUGACAAUGGAGACUAUGAUGAAGACAAAGAUGAUGAUGAUGAUGAAGAUGAAGAUGAUUAUGAUGAAGAUGAAGACAACGACCACAGAGACUAUGAUGAAGAUGAAGAUGAAGAUGAUGAGAUGAAAAGCCAGGAGACAGUCACUGAAGACGCCCUCUCAGUCUCAUCAGGGCAGUCAAUGGAGGGGGACAUGCCUAUCCACUCAGAAACCACAUCGUGUCUGAACAUCAGGUCCAUAAUCCACUGGUUCAGAAAGCGGGUGGUCUCCUCCCUACCUGGGAGAAAGCGCCGACACAGCCUAUAAGGACCCCAGUCUGCUGUAAUCGAAGAAAAAAUGUUUUCGUAGAGGCAAGAGACUCCAACCUCAGUAGCCCCUCAAGUUAGGAAACCCUAUAUACUCAUAGCAUUUAAAAUUUGUUGAAAACCCCUAUUCAAUA